CGGACGCGGGGCGCCGCGCAGCCCGCACGCGACAUGCGCGCUCUCUAGCGUAUUAUGUUCCUUCCCGACCUCCCGAGAGCCUGCAUGGUGGACGACGUAGCGACUUACCUCCAAGCGCCCUCCUCGGGACAGGACGAGUUCCAUCCAUUCAUAGAGGCCCUAAUGCCCUUUGUAAAGUCCUUUUCCUACACGUGGUUCAAUUUACAAGCGGCCAAACGGAAAUACUACAAAAAACAUGAGAAGCGCAUGAGUCUUGAGGAGGAACGGCAUACAAAAUAUGAGUUACAGAACGAAAAGGCGGAAGUGAAACAGAAAUGGGCGUCAAGGCUUCUAGGCAAGCUCCGCAAAGACAUCACUCAGGACUGUCGCGAGGACUUCGUAUUGAGCAUCACAGGCAAACGACCAGCCGUGUGCGUGCUCUCCAACCCGGACCAGAAGGGGAAGAUGAGGAGGAUAGACUGCCUUAGACAGGCUGACAAGGUGUGGCGGCUAGACCUAGUGAUGGUAAUCUUAUUCAAAGCCAUCCCACUAGAGAGUACAGAUGGCGAACGCCUAGAGAAACACCCUGAGUGCACCCAGCCUGGUCUCUGCGUCAACCCGUACCACAUCAACGUCUCUGUCAGGGAGCUGGACCUGUAUCUCGCUAAUUUCAUCAACAGCUAUGGUAAUGGGAGCGACGGUCUGCCAGAUAUCCUAAGCGGGUCGCUCUCACCUCACACUCCUAGAGAGAAAGAGAACGAACACGAGGCAAAGAACAAAGGCUAUAGCCACAAUCCGUACAAUGGAGUAAUAUGCAACGAUAUUAUUUUAGCAACUGGUGUCUUCUCUUCGAAGGAACUAUGGAAGUUGUCUAAAGCGUCAAUCCUCCAAGAAACGGGGUCGGAGUCGCCGAGCGGGUCGGGAGGGGGCAUCAAGCUGGAGUCCGGGUAUUACUGCACGGGAUACAACAGCCCCGCGCCCCCCACCUUCGACCCCCCCGCGGAAAGGGCCACCCCCUCAGCCAUGCUUGUUGGACAGUGCUUUAGCAUCCCACACAGUUCAGCCGGGCUGACAGCAGCGCAGGCGCCACUUGUACCUUCAAAUACCAUUUUUUACCAGCAUCCACCACCCACCGACACACAUCCUACGGCAACCGAAGCGUUAAGUCAGCACACGACAGCGAAGUACGACGGCGCGCCUCAGGACUCUCUCGGUGACUUCGUUACGUUUGUGUGUCAGGAACCGACGGAAGUUCAGCAACUACAGGUCCACAGUCUAUCUAGAAGUCCAAAGCCUUACUUCAGCAGUUCAAUGUUGCCGCCGCCGCCUCUACCGCCGAUGGCCAGACCUGUGGCUAUCAUCAGAUCUACAGUAUUCAAUGAAGAAUAUUUUGCAGCGAGUGAGAUGAGUGGUGGUUGUGGGUCACCGUCGUCUCCGGAGGUCAGGUCUCCCCCCACGUCUCCCAGACGUCGCUCGCCGCAUUACAGGACGGAAUGUCAUCCGCCUAUCUCACACUUCAAUCACUUCCAUUCACAACCACAGCAGGUGUUCAGUUACGGGUCGUUAGGCGGCGUGGGCCUGGGCGGGGGCGUGAGCGGCGUCGGGGCGGGCGGCGGCGGCGUGUCUCCUCCUGGCGGCCUGGGGCUGUAUGCGCCAAGGGCUUCUACUAGGGCACCACCUAGAUGGAACGCGCCAUUCCCUACCCUAGAAGACGAAUUCAAUAUAAUGGCGACACCGGCGGGACCCGACCACGUGGUCUUACUGGAUGAUGAACGUUUCUUUCAAUCGAGCGUGAUCACCUCGGAAGCGACGGCCAUGGAGACGAGCGCGGUGGCGGGCGCGGACCCGGAGCAGCUCGCGCCGGACAAGCGCGCGCCGCCGUGAUGCGCGCGCGCGCCGCCCGCCGCCGCGCUCUCGCGGUGGACGCCGGCGCCCCCUCCGCACUGGAGGCCGGUCAGCCAUCGCACCUAGAAUUGUGCAUACAUCGGAUGGCAUUUUCAGGAAUUAUCUUUGAUUUAGAGACGCUACAGAAUCGAGGCGGACGAUUUCGCCACCCUACGUAGUAAGAGUUUUGUAUACGUUCCUUUGGAACUUUCAAGAUGAAAUUUGACUCGGCCCUAAUAUUUGUUUUGACACUGAUUAUGAUAAUUUAAUAUACAUUAUGAAGGGUUAAAUUUUCAUGGUUUAUUACUGAUCUGAUAAAAGACGGGGAUUUUUCUUCAUAGAUGAUUGGCUGGCUUAGGAUGGAAUUAAAAAUGUCGAGACAGAAAAGUACAAUGAAGUUGAAUAAGAAAUCAUUGAAAAUGUUAAGUCUUGAAUAUUUAUUUUUCAGUUUAGUGAAAUAAAAAAAUACAAGUUUUGAACAUCUAACUCCACUCCUAUUUUUAUGUUCGUAACAAUGUUUUAUGUUCGUUUCGGCUGCUACGAAUUGGGAAUUAGUGUAAAUAUUUAAUUUAUUUAAUAGUGACGUGACAGAGGUUGUAGUUGAAAUUUAGAUUUUACAAUUUGGCGCCAUAUUGACUGUCUAUAGCUGUCAGUGUGACAUUCGCAAUUGUUUAUGUGACCUUGUUGCGGCGGCGUUAAAAUUUUACUAGUUAACACGCCAUCUGUUGGUGAAAACUUGUACUACACUGACAACAACAGACGCUCAAUAUAGUUUUCGUAAAUACUCAAUAAGGCGAUAACAAAAUACAAUACUCCAACGAUAAUUAUGUAAAAAUAAAGCUACUAAAAUAAAAAAUAACGAUUAUUAUAUUCUAAUAUUUUUAUAGAAUAUAAAACAAGUAUGAUAUGAUCAAGCCUUCCAGUAAUUUAGUGAAUUAAAAAUGUAAAUGAACAGCUUAUAAAAUAUUGUUUUGCUGAGCUGUCAGACAGUUAGAAGCUGAUGGAAAAAUAAAAAAUGCUUCCAAUACUAGCGUCAAAUAUGUUUUAUUGACGAAAGUGUGAUAUUAUAAGUUGUUUUUGUUUCAUUGUUGUGUGUUUUGUAUUGAAAAGAAAAUAGAUUAAGUAAUAGAUUACAUUUUUUUUAAUUUAUUGAAUGAAUAUUUAAGAAAGACGAGCCUUGCUUAUGAUAUAGUUUAGUUAUAUAAAUUAGUAGCUCAUGAUUAUAUUUUCGAUUCGAGACUUUCAACAGUGUAAAACCAAGCAUAGAAAAAUUCAAAUAGCAAACACUUUUAUAUACUUUGUUGUAUUUUAUGAAAUUUAUACUAAAAGAAACAUGGAACCACGAAGUUCAAAGUAAUAUCCUAAUAUGAAUCCUAAAAAAAUAAUGUAAAUCCUUCAAAAUAUAAAUCUUCUGAGUAUUUGAUUUUUACAAAAAAAUAGAAAUAUACCUAAGUACUUAAGUUUAUUAGUUAGGAAGAUUUAUAAUUUCGUAAAAAUGAUCUCAUGCAGAUAUCUUUGAACUAUGUCAAAAUUAUUUCGAAUCGAAAAUAAUAAUACAAGAAUUAAGUAGUUCGACAAUCGUCGGGGGACAGUUUAUAGGUGCCUUUCAUAAAAUCGUAAAAUAAUUGAUAGGAUCUUGUAAAUUGUAGUCAUUUUAAUAAAUCCAUCCGCUCAUACCUAUAAAUAACACGGACAAGUCAUAAUAACAUUUUAUAUUAUAAGUUAUUUUUUCUGUAGUCGAAGAUUUAAGAUAAAUAUAAUUUUUCAUUCAUUUCAAAUUAACAUUUGACAGUGAAUGAAAAUUAAGAUGGAAAAUUUAGACUUUCAGAAGAUUAUUUUGGCAAAUAUUAAUCUUGGGCUACAGAUCAAAAUAAAAUGCACUUUAUUCUUAUAAUCUAUUGAUUUCAAUAAUUAUAUUUUUUAUUUAACUGUCACAUUUCACAGUCAAUUUUUAUUUGUAACACUGAGGCCAUACGAGAAGAACUAGUCAUUAGUGUAACAUGUAUUUAAAGUUAAUAUUACUUAAAAUAAAACAAAUAUUUACAAUUAUAGUACCUCUUACAUUUAUUGGUAAGGGGGCAAACCUAAAAUUGUGGCCAAAUUACACUUAAAGAAAUCCAAAUAUAUAUAUAUACGGUUUUAAUAGUUAUAGACUUAUAUAAGAGUGUCUCAGUUGACAGUUCGUAGGUUAUCUUUGAGCAAGACAGUGACAAUAGCUUCUCAGGUAUGAAGAGGCGUCUGUAGGUCCAGUAGCGCCAUCUUUUGUAAUAAGUUGCUUAUUGAAUUAAAAUAAUAAUGAAAAAUAAGUUGUUGUCGUUUUCUGCUAUUUGCUAAAAAUAUGAAGUACAUGGGUUGUCUGAACAUUACUAAAAUCUGAAUAUAAUUAUCAUAUUUAUUUUGGAUUCAUUAACUUUACAUGAAGGCGCUGCGGAGUACAACCUACACUCAUUAGUACCUAAAGAGUUGAACAGUCACUUAUAAAAUGUAUAUUCAUUCAUAUUUGUGUAGUUGCAAUAUCAUUUGAAAUUAUAUUAAAGCUUAUUUUUAUGUUUCUUAUAUUUUCAACAAAGUAAUUGAUUUGACGCCUUAAUACUUUUCUAAAGUUUAGAAAUAUAGUGAGGUAGGAAACGUAGCAAUAAUGAUGAGCAAUAAUAAAUUAAUGAAAAACAGCUUUAGUGAGGCUAGAAUUGGUACUGAAGUAGUGUCCCUUAAUCAUAACAGUCGACUUGCAAAAUAUUUUUUGUAUAGAAAAUGCUGGACAGACUGGGUUCUAUAUAUAAAAAUUGACUUAAAAAUUAGAAACAAGCGGUUUGGUACAAUUAAUAAAUAGCCAUUUCACAGAUAUAAAUAUUAUAUUAGAAUUAAUAACAGCUGAAAUAGUUCAACUAGGCAGAAAGACGAAAUUAGUCAAUUGCUAGCUAUAGACAUUAGAAGAUAUAAAACAAUUAGAUGAAUAAAAUAGUGAUGUCACAUAAGGCUUGUUGAUUAUUGAAUUCGGAACCUACACAACGUCGUCGUAUAAUACAAUCGGAGCGACGACGUAACCUUGUAAAGUGUUAAGGCAAUAUAAAUAUUGGAGACGAAUUUAAACGCUCAUUGGUGCCGAAAAUUCUAGACUGUGAUUCAAUUGUUCUUUCAGAACGUGUCUUAUAUUGAAAUAGUUGUUUUGUAUGAUUGGCAAUUGCACAGCUAGUGCUAAGGGAAGGAUGCUCUUGAGCAUAAUAAAAUGACAGACAGAUUCAUAUUGUAUAAAAUGCAUUUGUUAUAAUUAUGAUAAAAGUUCGUAUUUAAUGGACAAAGCAAUAAGUAUGCUAAAGGAGAUGUUUUUUUUUAAUGACAGCGUAGUUUCAGUAGACAUUUAGCUUGGCAAUAUUUUGUAUGUUAGUGGCAAUUACAAAACGUCGCAAGAACAGUUUUUCAAAUCCUGAACUGUGUUUAUGACGUGUUUGUAUGUCAAUGCAUUAGUUUUUUGAUUAGCAACCACUGUUACGAUAUGGAGUAAUAAUUGAAAGCCUAAACAUUAUGUGCCUUAGAUACAACAAUAUUGUAUGAUAUUUAUGAUGCGUUCUAUACAACGUGCUAAUUAGAAAUAAAGAUAAAUGUUAUUUUGAAUGCCUCAACUUUGAAUAAUUAUUCAUUGUUAGAAUUAUGUUCUGCAAAGGCUUGUCUACAAAUUUCUUAAUUUUGUCGAUUAAGUCAUCUUGUUAUGUAACUUGAAAAUUAUCCGAAUGAAAAACAAAUUACGAGUUUUAGCUCAAAAAUUAUUUGAAGCCCUUUGAAUUUUCCCUGCAUGUCCAUUGCUUUUGUCAAAUUUUCUAUACCUGGGCACCUAGCAGUCUGGAACUUAAUUUCGAAUCCAGAUAUGUAUUCUAUUAUAACCCUGAUCUAAUAAAUUAUUGUACGAUUAAGUAACGCUUUGGAGCGUAGUUUUGCUGAAAUUAUAAAUACUUCUACUAUAUUCUAUAAUUUUAGUACCUACAUUAUACCCAUUUAAGUAAUAUUGUAUACUUUACUGGCAUAUACCUUAAUCUACGACAUAUUUGAAUUAGGCACGCUUUUUAUUUGAAACGAAAAUAUGUAGAUUUUAUUCUCGCAUGGCUUUUUAAUAUUACCUAUAUUUCAACCCGCAUCUAUGAUUAUUGUAAAAUACUUACACUUACUUCAAUAUUUUAAAGUCAAUUGUUUAAAUUAUUUAAAAUUACAGAUUAUUGACAAUUAAUGAAUGAACAAAAAUCCGUCUUAACAUUAAUUUUGUGAAUUUCUGAAAUUGAAAUAACAUACAUACGUAAAUAGAAAAUAAUUAUAAGUAUAAUUAACCAAUAGAAAAUACUCCUAGUUAUGUAUUUCUUAGUUCAUCGUAUGUGCAAUUAUUAUUAACUGUUUUAGCGAAUUUAUUAAUUAUUUGUAGUAUAUUUGUGUCCAUGACCAUUCUGUCUGUAAAUAUGUUCCGGAGUGUGUAUUUAAAUUGUUUUAAUCUUUUAUAAUUUAACUAGAAAUUGAUUAAAAUUUUUCUCAUUUAAUGUCCUUCCGUGUUUUGAUAUUUUCCAUAGUUUUUCUACACAUUUAAUUUAUGUUCAAAACUGUGUUCAAGGAUCAAAUGAGCUAUUUGAAAAGUCUUUAAGCGCAAAACUACCGGAAAGUGCAUAAAAAAUUAGAUCAUUUGAUCCGCACAUUAUAAACUAAAGAUAGACUUGUAAAAAUGUUAUAACAUGUAUUUUUAACCUAUACAUAGUAAGAUAUUUAUAGAAUUUUAGUCGUUUAAUUAUUUCGAACGACUUGUUAUAAAGAAAAUUGGUGCUUAAAGCUUAAACAAAUAUGAAACGGCACGAUUAGUGUCGUGUGUGUAUUGUCAUGGAGUCGAGCAUUAUGACAUAGCAUGCGUUGUUAUGCUUGUAUGCGACGUCGAAUUGUUUAUACCAAACGUGAAUAUAAAUCGAACAUGGAUGAAAUGUUAAAGUUAUUUGUUUCGAAAUUAAAUAAAUUUACUAAUUUCGGCCGCUCGUGCAAGGUUAGCGCGGGCGGUAGUAAUAUGGAAACCUAAUAUAGCGUUAGACUUUUUUUUUUUUAACUAUUUAUGUGCCAUGUCCCAAAACUGGGACGAAAUUAAAUACAAAACAAAUGAACAAUUCAACGCGCAUAUGAAAGCAGUUAUAAUAAUGUAGGUAAACUUUGCUCAAUAUCGAUGAAAACUGAAAGUGUUACAGUUGAUGCAAUACAAACAAACAAACACA